CUCGAUUCCCACCCAAUUUACCAAUCUCCCACUUCCGACCGGGAAGAAAAAGAGAGAGGAGAUAACAGGAUAGGAAAGAAUCGGGGACGAUCUCUUUGCAGCACUUAAGAAUAGCUCCUGCAACGCCGGGCAGAGUUUACAGUUUUUAGCUCUAUGGCGAAAGAAGGGAAAUGAAAUCACUUCCGUCGGCAUUUUUUUAAAUGCCUUUUUAAAAAAAAAACUGGAGUAGGGGAAAACCACCCUGAAACGUCAAGCAACGCUUGUAUCCAAAGUAACCAUACUUAGGUUCAGAUGCAAGCCUAACGGAAACGUAUGUGUGGGUGUCUAAUUGGAAAUCUUCAGAUGUUCAUUCUUGGAAAAUUUCUAAGCAAGACUUUUUUGCAAAAUGGAUGCAGGAUCCACAAGAAAAAAAUCUGAAGCCCUCUUCUCCUUUGGAAUUUUAGCAGACAUCCAAUAUGCUGAUAUAGAGGAUGGCUAUGAUUUCCUGGGAUUCAAUAGGAGAUAUUAUAAGCAUAGCCUAUGCUGUCUCCAGAAGGCAAUUGAAGAUUGGAAUCGAACUGAGGUUCAGUUUGUAAUACAGCUUGGGGACAUCAUUGAUGGCUUCAAUGCCCAACAUAAGACAUCAGAGAAAGCACUGCAACAAGUUAUGAAGGAGUUUAAGAAACUCAGUGCACCAGUCCAUCACAUAUGGGGCAAUCAUGAAUUGUAUAAUUUCAGCCGGAAUUAUCUUAUGGAAUCUGAACUGAAUACCAAGUACUUAGAAGACCAAAGUUUGUUUAAUAACUUUAUCAGAGAACAGAGCUCCACAGAAAACCCAACUACAGAGUUCUAUUAUGCUUAUCAAUUUUCUCCAAUGCCUAAAUUUCGAUUCAUUCUUCUUGAUGCAUACGACUUAAGUAUUCUGGGGAGAGAACCAUCAACAAAAAAAUAUAAAGAAUCUCUACAGCUCCUACAAGACAAAAAUCCGAAUGAAAAUCUGAAUAGUCCACUAGGGCUUGCUGAAUGCAAUUUUGUACAGUUCAAUGGUGGAUUCAGUCAAGACCAGCUAGACUGGAUUGAUAAAGUUCUUACCUAUGCUGAUGAGAAUCAAGAGAGAGUUGUGAUUGCAGGACACAUACCCAUCAACCCAAACUGUACAAGCAGUAUUUGCCUGGCUUGGAAUUAUAAAGAUGCCCUUGCUGUUAUUUAUUCACAUCACUCAGUAGUAUGUUUUCUUGCAGGCCAUCUUCAUUAUGGUGGUUACUGUUUAGAUUUUCAUGGAGUCCAUCAUCUGACACUUGAAGGGAUUAUAGAAACUCCUCCAGAAAGCAAUGCUUUUGGAACUAUAUAUGUCUAUAAUGACAGACUGGUGUUAAAGGGAAAUGGAAGAAUUCCAGAUAGGGAGAUGUAUUACAAAGAUCAUCCACACAAUUCUUCAUUUUAAAUACUAUUGUGUUGGUGUGGGUUAGCAAUUGCUAUUUUUCCAACUGUUUUUAAUUAAAACAGUUUUAAUAUUCGUUAGUGAAUAGCGAAUAAAGCUAUGAAAAGUAUUGUAUAUAUAUAUUUUUAAACAACAACUAAAAGGUCCUGUUAAACUGAAUUUAUCUCAUAGUAUGUUGUAGUAACUAUUUGCCAAAAGUUAACUCUCAUAUUGGAGAAUUACAGUCAACUUUAAGUCUCACAUGGAAAGAAAAUAGAAUCUGAUUGCUGAUAUGAAGACUGGAAAUUAAUA